UAAGGUAAAGGAAAUCGUAUAAUUUGGUAAAAAAAUUACACAUAUGAGUAAAAAUAAUAAAAUCUCAUCUGUCAACUGCCUGUCUUUAUACAAAUUGUUUUUAAUCGUUUUCUGCCAACCUUAAGGCAAAACUUGUUUGUUUUCAUUACUUCUUUUUCCUAUUAGUUCUUUUAUAUCAAAUAAUCUUAUUUGCUUUUUUUAACCUUUAUAAUCAUCAUCAUUUCAGCCAUUAUUCGUCUACAGCUGGACAUAAACCUCCCCCAUAGAUUGCCUUUUUUAACCUUAGAUUAAUAAAUUUAUUGUAAUAAAUUUCCCUAGAAUAGUAUAAGAGUGAAGUAAAUUGUGAAUUCAAAAAAGUUAUUAUAGAAGAAAUAUGAAUCAUAACCAAAUGAAUAUGCAUGUUCCUAUGAAUCCCGUCGCAUCAUCGUCAAAUGUAGGGAUGCAGAUGCAAGUUCCUGGUCCCAUUAUGCAGCAGCCGUCUCCGCAACAAAUGCCCUCAGCUAUUCCUCAACAAACUUCUCAGGAUAAAAUGGACAAUAUAUCUAAAGUUAAAACUUUGAUGGGAUCCCUUCGUGAAUCCAUCCCAAUGACAUUAAAAUCGGCUGCCCAAAUAUUACAUCAAAAUCACAACAUUGACUCAAAUUCUCAGAAAGGAAUUGAUAAUCCCGUGCCGAGAUUUGAUAAAAAUUUAGAAGAUUUUUUCUCACUUUGUGAUCAAAUGGAAUUACAUCUGCGAACAGCUAUAACGUGUAUUCAGCAAGCGCAAUCAGCAGCUCACUACUUGCCUCUCACCGUGAUACCGUCCAGACUCGACUCGGGCCCCUCCACACAAGAAACUACCCUGAGUUACCCACAAUAUCUGAACACCGUGAGACUCCAAAUAUCCUACGCUAAAGACAUACAUGACAUACUAGUCGCUGCUGCACAGAAUAUAUCACCGACAGAGUGAACGUUUAAUUUAUAAUUGAUUUAUUAUAAUUGUAUUGAUAAGCACGCUUAAAUUUAAGUAAGUUUUUAUUUAAAUAAAAACAAUUUAAAUAAGUAAAUAAACUAA